AUGGGUAACGAACAAAGCGUUUCUGCAUCAUCAAGCAAUGGCAGUGGUGUGUCAACGUCGCUUUCGUUUUUAGCUGGUAAAAGGGAUUCUUCAUUAACGAACAAACGGUCUGGUCCAGUUGUUGUUGUUAAAUCUGGCAUCGAUUCGUUGCCCACUCCUGCAGACGAUCAAAUACUCAAGAGAUUUGUAGAAAUUCCAAAAUUUUUCCCAAUUCUGCGGAGUGCACUUAAUCAAGCUGGUUUGCGCGAUCCUCCAGAUGUAACACUUAAACUGAGCCCUCGACCGAUUCUCAAAUUUGCUUAUCGCCUUCAAGAUCAUCUUUCACAGUGUGCAGUAACCGUGGUAUCGGAACAAGAUGCACUCACAUCAGUGAUCCGAAAUGUCGACUAUGCAUUGUCAAGUAUAAUAAGUAAAUUAAACGAGCGUAAGAAACGUUUCGAUCGUCUUUCCGGCGAGCUUGCAAGUGCUCGUGAAAUUCAAGCUCAAAUGAUGAAUGUUCGAUUUCUUUUGGAAGACGUGGUGCCAUGCGUUGAGACACUAAACGAAAUUUUGCCUUUGGAGCAGCGUUUACCACCGCUGAAUUUGGAUCGAGUGUUGGAGAGGACACCGGCGAUAUCAUCGACCGAAUCGUCACCUGACCCGGGUGCCGUAUCACGAGCUGUUCGUUUCGCAGGCGCCUUGGCCACCACUGCGAUCACAUCGAAUCUUCACAUUGAACCAGUCGAAGAAUUCACCGUUAUCGACAAACCUAGCAGCAUUCCACAACGACGUUCCUGA